CUUGACCUUGGCUCCAUCUCUGUCAGUGUCCCCAAGUCCAUGGCCAAUUCUCUCUUAAACACCAGGACAAUUUCCUAUGCUGGAUGUGUGGCCCAGGUCUUUCUCUUCUUCCUCUUUUGUGCAGACGAUCUUGCAUUUCUCACCAUCAUGGCAUAUGAUCGGUACGUUGCCAUCUGCAAGCCACUGCAUUAUGAGAUAAUAAUGAACAGGAGAGCUUGCGUCCAGAUGGCUGCCAGUGCUUGGGCUGCUGGUGCCAUGUACUCUGCAGUGCACACUGGGAACACCUUUAGUCUCCCCUUCUGCCACUCAAAUAUCAUCAACCAGUUCUUCUGUGAAGUGCCCCAGCUGCUCAAGCUCUCCUGCUCUGACGCAUACCGCAGGGAGCUGGCAGCUCUUGCCUUCAGUGCGUUUUUAGCUCUAGGCUGUUUUGUUUUCAUCGUUGUGUCGUAUGUUCAGAUCUUCACCGCAGUGUGGAGCAUCCCCUCGGAGCAGGGCCAGCAGAAAGCCUUCUCCACCUGCAUUCCCCAUCUUAUCGUGGUCUCCCUGCUUCUUUCCACUGCUGGCAUUGCCUACAUGAAGCCCAUCUCUGACUCCCCGUCCCGUCUGGAUCUCCUGGCAGCUGUUCUGUAUUCAGUGGUG